AUGGGUGCACUCUGUGGGUGCACAGACAUCAGAAGAAGGGUGGAUGUGAAAGGAGCUAUUGGCAUUCGUCCAGAGGAUUUGGAGGACGAGCCAGAUCUGGGUGCCAGCUCCAAGGACAGCAGGUCUGAAGUGGCACUCGAGUCCGACGUGGGUGAGUCGGAAGACGACUCGUCCAAGAAGGACGUAAGCAGAGCGCUGGAUGACACGGCGAAGCUGCUUCAGCAGGGAAAGACCUUGGCAGUAAAGGAAGCAAUCAGUGCAGCUCAGCGGUGUGGCGUGGACCGGAACAAGCUCAAGCAGGCAGAGGCAUUGCUGGAAGAGCAUGUGGCGCAGCAGGCGAGAGGCGAAACUGAACUCAAGGUGUCAAGGUGGAUGGGAUCCAGAGCUGCCUGGGAUUUGGAGGCAUGCCAAAGGCUGCUCGAAGACGUGUCCAGCAAGCAAUGCUCUGAGAAGGUCCUCGCAAAGCUCCGUGCACAUUUGGAAAAGCUGCAAAUCACAAGGCCACUUUCGGAGGCAGAAGUGGAGCAGGCGAAGGCUUACGUGACCUCGAGCUGCAAGGAGUUUGUAGCUGAAGCCAGGAGUGCGAAAGGGCGGCCGACUCUUUUCUUGCACGUGACAGCCGGGCACAAGGCACCAGCCUUCCUCUUUCUGAAUCCUCCUCUCCAGGUUUUGAGCCUCAAGGUCCAGCAGGUUGGAGAACAUGGUGCGCGAGGUUUCCAGAAAGAUCAGGAGACCUUGCUCAGAUCAGUGACCGCGCGGCCGGCAAAGGACGAAAAGGGCAUCAGUGAACAGAGAGGAUUUCUGGAAUUGGAGCACGGAGAAGUCGAGCACUGUGUGGCCAUGAGGUGUCGUGUCAAUGGCAAGGAGAGGAUGUGGUGUUUCGUGGAGGCUUCCGUGACGCAGAGGGACCGCCUAAUUCAGGUGACCUGCAUCAAUACUCUCCUAUCCAUAUUGUCGCUUCUGCUGCCAGGAACGGAAUUUUCGGUGAAAAGGGGCGAUGGCGCUGUCCGCCAUGUUCCGAAGGCCCGCAUCUGUACUGGUACUGCUGCAACAACAGCCUUCGGCAUUGUCUCGCAGUUACAAGACUCGUUGACUGGCGGUCUGGUGCAGGAUCCGGUUCUCGCCGGCAUGGAAACAAUCGAGCGAUCGGUGCAGAAAGCCUCUCGAGAGGGCGCACAGAUACAGGAGCUGCUAGCUCAGAUCAAGACUGCCCUUGACGUCGAGCUCUCCCAGCUACAGUUCGAGGAGAGUCAUGCAGCGGCCCGCAGUGAGCUCAACGUAUUGGAUCAGCGACUUCAAGCAUGCCGCACUGGAGCUCGAGCAGACUUGCAUGCUCAUGGAUUGCAAUCUCAGCACAGAGCCUGUCGCCUAGCAGAAGCUGCUGCCUGGACUGCUUUUGCGGAGAAGUGCCCUGCAGAUACUCUUCACCUGGAAGGGCGAAGGCUAUUGCAGGGACAUGCAGACUGUCCUCGGUUGGGGCGGGACUACAAGCAGCAGCGCGGUGCAUGCAAUCGAAUCCAGGAUGAGCUCGACUCUGCCACAUGCGCAAAGGCGCACCACAGGAGGGUGCCUUGCGACCUGCGUCUGGCUUGUGAGGCUAAGGUUCUGGACGCGAUGAACACUGCGCUUGACACGAUCGAGGCACAAGGACGAGAGUAUUUUGGUCUUGCCAAAGCCAAGUCCUCUGUCGCUUGUGUACUGGCUGGGAUGGGGCAGCCGGGUGAAAAUCCAGAUGACGCUUUGAAGUCGUGUCACAAGCUGGACGAGGAAUCGGAAGUGCAGGCCUUCAUGCUGUCUCUGCCAUCUUUGCCGCAACUAAGCACCUGCGAGCCAAUGGCGGUCCUCCAGCAGGAGGAAGCUACUGGUGGAGUCAUGGACUACAGCGACCUGCCGCACAACGCACCAGCCAAGACAUGUUCCAGCGCUUGCUGCAGCUCACUCCUACAGGAGGACCCCGUCGUGAAUGCAGAUGACUACGAAGAGGCGCAUGAUGAGAAGCCACCGAUUGCCCUGGACGGGUGCGUGGCGUGGUUCCGUUCAGAAGAUGCUGCGGUGCCAUGGCCGAGCACCAUCGGAUCCCAUGAAGGACAGGUUGUUAGUCGGAAGGCUGACACGAGCCUCGAGAUCGGCCACGGUAGCAAGCGCGGUGUUCGCUUCCUCCGCGGGGACGAGAAGACCCGAUUCGACUUCGGAGAGGUGCUGCAAGAGACCUACAGCAUCUGCUCAAUCACGCGCUACACUGGAAAGCCUUAUGGUCGGAUCCUUCAGGGUUCCGAGGGGAACUGGUUGCAUGGGCAUGUAGCUGGGAAAUCUGGGGUCAGCUGCGAAGGGCAAGCCAUGCCUUCAACUGGAGAGCUGGAUUGGGUCGUAGUUUGCUCAACCAGCGAUGACUCGAGGGAUGCACUCGUAGAUGGAGACGCUGUUUCGCAAGAUUCUUGUCAGCCUGCAAAUGUGAAACUGAAGCAGAACCUUGUCAUCAAUCACGGAAAGAUGUGGGAGGACGUUUCCAAGUGGGCAGUGAUGGAGGUCAUCGUCUGGAACAGGGUCGUGUCAGUGCAGGAAUUGAAGCAAGCAUCCGACUACCUGAACGCAAAGCUGGCUGAUGGCGUCGGUGUCGAUUUGAAAAUCAGCAAUGCAGACGGGGCGUGCAAUGGGCGCCGAGUGCAAGUUCAGAUGUCGUCGAAGACUGGAGAAGGGUGGUACCACUAUGCAGACAGCGGUGAUGCAACGGACAAACGCCAGUACUUGUUGCCUGAUUCGUCCUUCGGGACCUACAAAGUCCUUGAGAGCGCUCUCCCAGUCGUCAGCCAGCGGAACCCCGAUGAGCUCGCGCCUUGGGGACACUCCUCGCUGCGUGGCAAGGCCUUCGUGGUGAUGGGCAACCACAAAGGUCCAAAGAUGCUCUCAUUUUUCGCGAUUGACAACAACGUGACGAUCCGGAUUUCCAUUAACGGGACGGACUUGAAAGACGUGGAGCUGGAGCAUGGCUUUGCAAGCUACAUCGAGGGAGACUUUGAAUACUCUCGGGUCCUGCUGAUGGGAACUCGUAACUUCAUUGCGACGAUGAGUGGCCUGGACUGGACAUACAGCACCCCCGUGGCACCAGCCGCCAAAACAAUUUACGGCCCAUGUGCCGAAGACUGGUACGUGACAAGCCUUAAGGGAACGCCCGUCACAAUCAAGCAGGAAUGUUCUGAUGGAACUUCGCAUGAGUACACUGCCGCUACGGUGAGCUGGAGAAUGCACGACGAUGCCCGAACCUCUCACUACACAAACGGUCCUCACGUCAGCAACGAUGCCUUGUCCAAGUGCGAGACGUGGACAGGGAGCUUAGCUGCUGCCGUCAAAAAGUGCGAUGACUCAGCAAGUUGUCUUUCAUUGCACGACGCGUUUUGUGAUGGUCGAGAAUGGCGAAUCUGCUCUGUCACUGCUGAGACCUUGAAAAGUGUCGAUGCGGGAGCGACAGAUGCUUGCACCAAGGUGAAGGGUGCCUCUGGUGCCUCACUGAUACAAGCGGAAGCACAGUCGCCUGCAGGAUGGUACCGUGUCGACCAGAGCAAGAAGACAUGCAAUGCUACCUGCAGUGCACUCUCACUAGUCUGUUCAUCGGACAGCUCUUUACUUAGCUCCGAGAACAAGAUGAAGGUAGCAGUUGGAGCAGUUGGGGGAGCUUGUUCCUCAGUCGAAGAUGCUCAGAACGGCACACUGGCAGCAACUUUCCGACCAGAUCCCAACGAUGCUGGAACCACACUUUGCACCCCUGCAAGUGAGAGUGUCCCAUUGGACUGUGGCCAGGAAAUGCCAAACGAUGAGACUGUUCGGAUCUGUUACUGUGGCUCCGGUGUCGAUGAGCUGUACAAGAUGGCCAGCAAAGGCAGCAAUGUUUGCCCCGACAGCUACCGAGCAGUUGAGUCCAAGGAAGACUGCCAAGCGGCAGCUGAGGGCGAUCUCGCUGGAAUUCCUCCUCCCAGUGCGUGGGACUCGCAGGAUCCCAACAACCAGGGUUCGCCUUCAAGUUGCUUCAAAGAUCUGGAGACUGGCAAGGUGCGCUUCAAUUCCAUUGCCAUGAAAGGUUACGAAGAGCUCGAUGCGUGGCAGACCGCAGACCACCGCAAGAUCUGCAAAAAGGCUUUUGAGGGCCCGCAGGAGGAGCCCAUGUGUAAGUUUACCGCCACAGAGGAUCAGACCUUUCUCGGAGGCAUCUCCUACGACCGCGCGACUGCCUCCACGGCGAGUGCCAUCUCAUUUAUGCCGCCAGGGGUCUUUCAAGGAGAGACCCAGAUGCCGUUUGGCAUUUCGCAGAUCAAGCUGAUCAGUGACAAGAACGCCACAUGCAAGAUCAAAGGCAAGAAAUACAAGCUGCACGGGCGAUCGGCAGUCUUCUCGCUCAGAUUAAAGGACAAGAACCUCAGUCCCCUCGACGUGAUCACGUGCAAUCAGAACGUCAUGGCCGUUGGCUUUAAGAACAUGUCCGGUGCCGUUGCAGAGCCCCGACUCAAUCUGCUGUCGGCAACUGCAUGCCAAGCCGCGAACAUGCGCGGAGUUGGAGGCCUGCAGCUGGACACGGUGUUGCACCUGGAACCAGGGUUUGUGUUCGUGAAAGUCCUGGAGAAAUCUGCCAAAGGCGAGAUCUAUACAAUUGGUAAAGAGGAGUUCGACGAGCUUCUUCAGCCGUACAACAAGUAUCCGGUGGUGAAGCGUAUCUGUCCGUCGUGCGCAGCAACUCACACCGAGAUCGUGUAUCGUCGAUUCACACCUUUGAAGGAGUAUUCACCAUAUGAAUCGAUGUCUUGUGCAUGGAAUGAAGACCCCGACAACGUCGAGGGGAAAGACUUCAAGCUCUUCAGCGAUCUGAAUGACGCCUUUGCGGACGAGCACAAGUGGUCGGCCUGCAACUUCGCUCCGGUGGACAGUUUCAGGGGUUUUCCCUUCGAGAGUGGUCCUCUCCUCGCACUUGGCGAGCAGUGGGACAGCAUUCCUGUGAAUGCAGGAGACUCGUCAGGGAAGUGCACGACAGACAAAGGCGGCCGUGCUACAGCAUUUUACAUGCUCCUUCCCAUCGUUCCACAGAAGUUCAGGCUCGGGUUGUCCGUCGACCAAGAUGGCCGCAUCACGAGCCUGGAGGAGACAGAAUUCAAUCGUCGCUUUCAAGAGAGCAGGUACCACAUCAUUCUGCGAAAAUGCCAGGAAUGCUCAAAGAGCCACAGGUAUGUCUUCUAUCGGCGACUCACAAACGUUGACACCUAUGAGCCCUUCAAAGCGCUGGCAUGCGACUGGAAGGCCGAUGAGGCAAAUGCUUACCUCGUGGAUUUCAAGCUCUACAGCACACUCCAGGACGCGCUAGCGGAUAACAAUGCCUGGGAUUACUGUGCCUUCGACGGCAACGGAUUUCCGGGCACGUGCAGUCCAACUGGGGAAGCAAAGUCUGGCCAGGCCAGCUACAUUCCAGUGUCCGGUUGCACAGGGACAUCGAGCAAGGCGGUUUCCUUCGAGCUGUACGAGGAUGAAGACUUGGAUGUUGAUGACUUGCAGGUGGGAGCUCUUGACAUAACGAGACGAGAACAAGUAAUUUUAAACGCUGCGUGUCGUCCGGCUCGGCCCGGCCGUAUGUUGGGAGGAAGACAUGAUGCCAGGUCUGGGGCUUUUGCUUUCGCAGGAUAUCGGGGUGCAGUGUCUGCGGGGUGA